AUGUCCAAAGCCGUCGUUAAAACGACCUUCGAGGCGUCUCGCACGCUUCGUCCCAUAUACACCGGAGGAAGUACUGCGCUGGAUGCAAGUGGCCGUUUGCUGGUGACUUGUGUUGGUGAGGAUGCAGUCGUGGUGGAUCUUGAGACUGGUGACCAGCUCACCAGCCUUGAAGGAGAUGGAGAGGUUAUCACCAGCUUAGCGAUCACGCCAUCUGCCUCCCAUGUCAUCGCUUGCUCGCGAUCCAUGUCUAUGCGCAUUUACUCUCUGACGCCAUUCGACGAAUCUUCACAAACUCUUAAAGCGAAACUCGUCAGGACCCUCAAGCCCCAUACAGCUCCCGUCGUGACAACUGCAGUCGACUCUACCGGAACAUUGCUAGCAACUGGUGGUGCGGAUGGUACCAUCAAGGUCUGGGAUAUCAGAGGUGGUUAUGUCACCCACACUUUCCACGGCCACGGAGGUGUCGUGUCGGCACUGUGCUUCUUCGAAGUUUCCGCCCAAGAUGCCGACCAGUCUAGCUCUAAGAAAAAGAAGUCGAAGAAGAUCUCGGAUGAUUCUGAUGAUGAGGACAUGGGCGAUGCAAACACCACAGCAGGAUUUCGACUUGCAUCUGGAAGCGAGGAAGGCAAGGUGCGAGUGUGGGACUUGAACAAACGCAAGCCGAUAGCAACUUUCGAAUCUCAUGUUUCUGUUGUCCGGAGCCUUUCAUAUUCACCUGCAGAGAACGCAUUGCUCUCUGCCAGUCGAGACAAGACCGUUAUCGUGUGGGACGUCCGCACAUGGAAAACACGCAGAAUCAUUCCUGUUUUGGAAAGCGUUGAAGCUGCAGCUUUUGUCGCCGACAGCGGUUUGUGCUUGGUGGGAGGAGAAAAUGGAAAACUGCGCGUGUGGGACUGCAAUCGAGGAAGCGAAAUCACUCACGAACAAGAAGCCGGUCCGGAGUUCGAGGCCGUGGUGGCCAUCCAAUAUUCCCCUGGCAUGCCAUUCGCAAUGACAGUCCAUGCCGAUCAGACUCUCAAAAUCCAUUCAUUGGAGGCAUUGACAAAUUACAAGCCUGGGUCUACCCUGGAGCCUUUGACAACCGUCAGACGUAUUUCAGGAAACGACGACGAAAUUAUUGAUCUGGCAUAUGUUGGUCCAGAUCGAUCAAUGGUUGCUUUGGCCACCAACACUGAGAGCAUCAGAGUGGUCUCGGUAGGCCCAUCAGCAGACCGGCCUUCUGCAUCUGGUGAGGCGGAGGAAUUCUUUGGUGCCGAUGUCACUUACCUAGAAGGCCACGACGACAUUAUUAUCUGUCUUGAUGUGGACUGGUCUGGUCAUUGGCUAGCCACCGGUGCAAAGGAUAACACAGCCCGCUUGUGGCGCCUCGAUCCAAAGACAUCUUCAUAUACCUGCUUUGCCGUCUUUACGGGUCAUGCUGAGUCCCUGGGAGCUAUCAGUCUUCCCCGAGUGCCACCCCCUGCUAACACCCCUGCACGCAAUGAUCCUUUGAACCACCCUCCCUCUUUCAUGCUUACUGGCUCGCAAGACCGCACUAUCAAACGAUGGGAUACUGGCAAGCUGGCCCCUCUUAAGUCUUCGAACCCACACUCCACGAAAGCCAUCUUUACCCGGAAGGCCCACGAGAAAGAUAUCAAUGCCCUUGACAUCAACCCUUCAGGUACCCUGUUCGCUUCCGCUUCUCAGGACCGUACCGUGAAGAUUUGGUCUGCAGAGGAUGGCUCUGUGGUGGGUAUUCUUCGUGGGCACAAGAGAGGCGUUUGGUCUGUCCGCUUCUCUCCUCAAGACACUCCAGCAAUCAACUCGAGCGCUCCGAGCGGCUCAAAUAGAGGCAUGGUCCUGACUGGAUCUGGUGACAAGACCGUCAAACUCUGGAGUCUCUCCGACUACAGCUGUCUUCUCACUUUCGAGGGCCACACAAACAGUGUCCUUAAGGUGCUGUGGCUCCCUCCCCCUGAUCUGUCCAAGAAAGAAGAUGACGACGAGGAUGAAGAUGCACAGGCAUCGCACAAUGCAUCGACGCAAGCCCGUCCCCUGGUCGCCUCUGCUGCUGCGGAUGGCCUGGUGAAGGUCUGGUCCCCCUACACAGGUGAACUGGAGACCACUCUCGACAACCAUGAAGACCGAGUCUGGGCCUUGGCCAGCCCUACACCAUCUGGCACGCGUACUGAUGCCCAGUCAUCCUCGCACGUUGCCUCGCCAUACGCUCUCGCCUCCGGCUCUGCCGACUCUACUGUCACCUUCUGGACCGACACCACAUCUGCAACCUACACCGCAGCAGUCAGCGCCAACUCUGCCCGUGUCGAGCAAGAUCAACAAUUGCAGAAUUACAUUCGAGCCGGAGCCUACCGUGAAGCCAUCACGUUGGCUCUUCAACUCAACCACCCUGGUCGACUACUCUCCCUCUUUACAACAGCGAUUGACGCUGCGGAUGACCCAUACUCCACUGCCGAAGACAAAUCCGCGCGCGAGAACAGCUUGACCGGCGACCCCUCCAUCGACGAGGUUCUCCAGUCCCUCGACCCCAACAACCUCCGCAGUCUGCUGCUUCGACUACGGGACUGGAACACCAACGCUCGCACUUCCCGUGUUUCGCAGCGCAUUCUCUUCGCCUUGUUCAGAUCGUACCCCGCAUCGACAUUUGUCGACCUCGCAACUGCCAGCAUGGCCAAGCGCGGCGGUGACAGCCGCACUGCCGCAGGAAUGAAGGACAUCCUGCAGGCACUAGCGGUGUACACGGAGCGUCAUUACCGCCGAGUCGAGGAGCUGACUGACGAGAGCUACCUCGUUGAGUGGGUGCUGGGAGAAAUGGACGGUGGUGUCGGGCUUGGAGGUUUGAGCAUUUCCAAUGGGGAUGAUGAAGUGCCGGAGCAUGAGAAGGACGUGGUCAUGUUGGGUGUAUAG